AUGUCUAGUGUGGUCAAGAAUAAUGAGGUUUUAAUCAGUGGAGCAAUGGGAGCUAUUGUUUGUAGAACUGGGAGCCAAGGUCGUGAAGAGAUAGAUACCCGAGUCUUAACGUUCUCGGAACUAGAGCGAACAUUUACGGAUCAUCGAGGGGGAAGAUAUCGGCCAUCUCAUUGUAACCCUUCAUUGAGAAUCGCCAUCAUCAUUCCCUAUAGGAACCGUGAAGCUCAUCUGAAACGUCUCCUUUUGAAUCUCCUUCCUAAGCUUAAAAGGCAGCUUAUAGAUUUUACAAUCUACGUUAUAGAACAGAGGGAGAAUGAAGCGUUCAAUCGAGGAAUGAUGCGUAAUAUAGGAUAUGUAGAGGCGAAGAAGAGGUUUCGUUAUGACUGCUAUAUCUUCAAUGACGCUGAUACCAUUAUUGAGGAUGACAGGAACCUCUUCAUGUGUGGUCAAGAUUUUGUUCAUCAUUUAGUUUCUGGUGUGCGGCGGUAUAAUUACAGCCUACCAUAUAGAGGACUGCUUGGAGGAGUAAUAGCUAUAACUGACAAACAGAUGAUGACACUAAAUGGUUACUCCAACAUGUUCUUCGUUUGGGGAGGAGAAGAUGACAAUCUGUUUGACAGAUUUAUAGAGAGUAAAAUAUGGUUUGAUAGAACAGAGUAUCAAGACGGACUUGUCACAACUUUAGCACACAAGAAAGACAAGAAGUUUGUGUCUCGAUUCAGAACCCUAAUGAAAACGAAACACUCCAAGAACUUUGACGGCGUUUCCAGUCUGCGAUAUGAAGUAAUUUUCGUCAAAUACAAACCUCUCUUCGUCUGGAUCGUCGUCAGUGUAAAUCAAACGCUUAUCGACGAGGUAAUUAUAAACUAA